CAGUAGAUCUUUAUAUUCAUUAUUAUAUGUCAGAGAGUGUCAUUCGCUGUGAUGCUAAUAAAGCUACAGGGAACAGAUUCCUGAGGGAAUCCAAUCCACUUCACGGUGUAGUUUUACUGAAUCUAGCUCGAGUUGACAGAAUCCGUGAGGGAUCGAGAUCGCCGCCUUUUGACUGAGCUCUUGCUGUUCUUGGGAGGAGCUGAAACCCUGCACAAGAAAUAUAAUGAGAUCUCAGUUUCUGUUCUUGCCAUUGUUCCUCUACUUCAUCGUUCAAGUUCCUGCUCAAGAACACCCAGAUGUGGCAAUCAAAGUGAAGGGGUCUGAUCUAGUGGCCGAAACCAGUGAUACUUUUGUUUGCGCGACUCUCGAUUGGUGGCCGCGCGAGAAGUGUAACUACUAUCAAUGUCCAUGGGGAGAAUCCUCAAUCCUAAAUCUGAACUUGUCUCAUCCAUUUCUCGCAAAAUCCAUUCGAGCUUUUAGCCCAUUGCGGAUAAGAGUGGGAGGUUCCUUGCAAGAUCAAGUUGUGUAUGGCAUGCCGAAUCCAGGGACUCCAUGCCUUCCUUUUUCGAAGACCGACGACGGUCUCUUUGGCUUCUCUAGAGGAUGCUUGAGCACCUCAAGGUGGGACGAGAUAAACCACCUAUUUCAAAAGACAGGAGUCGUCACGACAUUCGGUCUAAAUGCACUAUACGGGAGGCACCGGACACAAAGCAAUCAGUGGGUAGGAGCCUGGAACUCCACCAAUGCUCGAGCAUUCAUCGAGUACUCGAUAUCGAAAGGAUACAAUGUAGAUUCAUGGGAAUUCGGCAAUGAGUUGAGCGGGCAAGGUGUGAGUGCGAGUGUCAGCGCCGAUCAAUACGCCAGAGAUUUGAUCGCGCUCAAAGCUGUCCUGAAAGUGCUGUACAGAGGUUCGCGACGGGAGGCGUUGUUGGUCGCUCCCGGCGGCUUCUUCGAUCAGCCAUGGUACGCGCGGCUCCUGCAGGCCUCCGGCGCCGGCACGAUCGACGCCGUCACGCAUCAUGUCUACAAUCUGGGUCCAGGUAAUGAUCCAAACAUACGAGAAAGGAUCACGGAUCCAGCGUACUUGAGUGGGGAAGCAGAUACGUACAGGGCUCUGCGACUCACAAUACAGAGGAAUGGACCGUGGUCCUCUGCUUGGGUCGGCGAAGCCGGCGGCGCGUUCAACAGCGGCAGUAGGCUGGUCUCGAAGGCAUUCCUCAACAGCUUCUGGUACUUGGAUCAACUCGGCAUGGCGUCCAAGUACAACACCAAGGUGUACUGCAGACAGACGUUGAUCGGAGGGAACUACGGUCUCCUCGAUUCGAAUACUUUCGUUCCGAAUCCUGAUUAUUACAGUGCUCUGCUGUGGCAUCGGCUGAUGGGGAAAGGAGUGCUUUCGAUCGAUGUCACUGGUUCAUCGUACUUGAGAGCCUACGCGCAUUGCAGUAAAGGGAAAGAAGGCGGCGUCUCUAUGCUGCUGAUCAAUCUGAGUAGGUACACCAAGUUCAGCGUGCGCGUCGUCGACGUUCUGUAUGGCGAUGGUGAAGGCGGCCGGAGGGAUGAUGGAAAGAGAGAGGAGUAUCAUCUGACGGCGAAAGACGGCAACCAUCUGAGCCAGACCGUGCUGCUGAACGGCGCUCCGUUGGAGAUCAGUGAAGAGGGAGACGUUCCUCCUCUGAACCCGGUGAAUGCUGCUGUUCGAUCGCCUGUCGAGGUGGCUCCCUUGUCCAUUGCGUUCGUUGUCCUCCCAGACUUUGAGGCAAAAGCAUGCUUGAGAUAACGUCGCAGGAGGUCAAUUAAUAGAAUAAAUCCUACUUUAAUUUCAGCAAAUCAAUAUUGAUUUUCUUUUUUACAAAAAUUAAAAGGACGUUCUAAAUAAAAUCUACCGACUAAACGUGUAAAAAUUAUUGGAUAACUUUUAUAAUGUAUUUGGAUGAAACUUUCACGUUGGAA